AUGCAUGCUGAUGGUAUGGGCAAUGGUACAAAUCCAAAAUUUGGGAACCAUAAUGGUGCUUCACCAUCCGUUUCUCCAGAAAAUGUGAAACAUGCUGCCAUGUUUGGUCUGUCAGCAGCAGCAAUGAAGUCUAAGCUCUUUGCCGAUCAAGAGGAACGUGAAGUUCAAAGGCUAGCUGCUACUGUAAUAAAUCAUCAGUUAAAGAGAUUGGAGUUGAAGCUGAAGCAGUUUGCGGAAGUUGAGACCUUGCUCUUGAAGGAAUGUGAGCAAGUAGAAAGGGUUAGACAGAGGAUUUCAGCUGAACGAGUCAGGAUGAGGUCAGCCCUAUUAGGUCCCACCGGAAGCGGUCUACCAGGGGCAGUGGCACCAUGCCAUCAAAUCCAGCAGGCAUGA